AUGGAAAACGCGCGCAAUUCUAGACAGACAUUGUGUGAGGAGAAUACUGACGAAAUUAUUGCCAAAAGGUUGCAAGAGGAAGAGAAAAAUGAAUAUCUUUUGUUUCAAGAAGAUUCAAAAUCGUUAGAAUUGGCACUUAAGUUGCAAGCUGAAGAUUCUAAAAAAGAUAAUGCAGAUUCAUUUACGGUUCUUGAUCCAUGUGAUCCCAACCCUGAUCUUCAUGGACUUUUUCUCGCGUUUAACCAACAAUACUUUUGGGGAAAAUUGGAUGGAGUAGAAGUUCGUUGGUCCAAUAAAAUGACUUUGUGUGCAGGCUUAUGUGAGUAUCGAAACGGUGGUUACAUUUGUAUAAGAAUGAGCGAACCAUUAUUGAAAUUUCGGCCACGAUCGGACAUGAUCGAUACAUUAAUGCACGAGAUGAUCCAUGCUUAUCUUUUUGUGACGCGUAAUAUUCAAGAUCGAUCUGGACACGGUCCAGAAUUUCAUAGUCAUAUGCAUCGCAUUAACACUUUGGCUGGAACAAAUGUAACAGUUUAUCAUAACUUUCGUGACGAGGUUAAUUAUUACAAAACACACGUUUGGAAAUGUGACGGACCAUGUCAGCAUAAACCACCAUAUUAUGGAAUAGUUAAGCGUUCGAUGAACAGACGAGAUGAAAAAAGUUUAGUUAAUAAAAGAGUACGAAUCAUUUUGGAUGAUGAUGCUGAAAAGUCCUUUGCACAAAUUACAUCUGCCAGUGAAGCUUCAUCAUCCAAAAUGUUGUCUACGGUGCAAUGUCCAAUUUGUGGGAACAAUUCAAUUAAAGCAGAUGAGAUUAACGAACACAUCGAUUUGUGUAUUUGGAUGUCAGAACAAUCAAAGAGCGAGAAAUAA